UCCCUCCCUACCGGCAUUCAAUCCGAUUGAGUUUUGCAGAGCGUGAGUUUGCAUUGAGGAUGUAAUGGUGGUUAUCUACGCAAGCAACUGCAAAUAAAGGCCAUUAAUCGAUAGAAAAGGGGGGAGAGAAAAACGUACUAAAACCAAGGGACUUGUACGCGACGACGAACAAGGCAGAAAAGGGAGCGUGGCAGGAGGGCGCUCGAUUAGACCCGCUGAUUCCGCAAACCACGCAGAAUAUGGCGGAGCACCACUCAGCUACCGACGGAAAGCACAAAGCGUCCCCCAAUGCCGGGGGCUCGGUGCAGGGCAACAGCCGACCCAUAGCUGCGGGUGGAGGAGGGGGGAAAGUAGGCCUGUCUGGCGGUCUCACGCAGCCGGCAGGAUGGCAGUCUUUACUCUCGUUCACCAUUCUCUUUCUGGCCUGGUUAGCAGGAUUCAGCUCUAGACUUUUUGCAGUGAUCCGGUUUGAGAGCAUCAUCCACGAGUUCGAUCCAUGGUUCAACUACAGAUCCACGCAUCACCUCACCACCAACGGCUUCUACGAGUUCCUCAACUGGUUCGACGAGCGGUCGUGGUACCCCCUGGGGAGGAUUGUGGGUGGAACGGUACGUAGAGAACCACCGCUUGUUUUUUUCGUUUUGUUGUUUUAAGAUAUAUU